GGGGCUCCCGCCAUGUCGCAGCGCGCCGGGGACCGCGAUCGCGACAGGGAGCGCGACAGGGAGCGGGAGCUGCAGUGGUCGGCCCGCAGGAUGGGCACGUCGCUGCUGCUGCAGCUGUCGGCGCACGAGCGGGAGCUGGACCUGGUGUGCCUCGACCACAGCUACGCCAAGCCCUGGAGCGCUCACCCCGACGCCAGCGCCGCCCGGCCCGCCCGCCUCCUCUUCCUCACCCCGCGGAGGCACCUCGGCAGCGCCCCGGAGGCCGAUGUCCCCAUCGACGUGGAGACGGUGACGCCCACGCCGGUGCCACUCUACGACAACCAGAAGGCUCGGAGCGUGAUGAACGAGUGCGAGCGGCACGUGAUGUUCGCCCGCACCGACGCUGACGCGCCCCCGCCGCCCGACGACUGGGAGGAGCACGUCAACAGGACGGGCUGGACCAUGGCCCAGAACAAGCUGUUCAACAAGAUCCACAAAGCGCUGCAGUCGGACAGGCUGGCUCGCCUGGCCAACGAAGGGGCGUGCAACGAGCCCGUGCUGAGGAGGAUCGCGGUGGAUAAAUGUGCCCGCAGGGUGCGCCAGGCUCUGGCCAGCGUGAACUGGGACACCAAACUCAUCCAGUGGCUUCACACGACGCUGGUGGAGACCCUGAGCCUGCCCGUGCUGGCUGCGUACCUGGACGCCCUGCAGACCCUGAAAGGAAAGAUCCCCACGCUGAUCGACAGGAUGCUGCUCUCCUCCACGGCCAAGACGGGAGCAGCAGGGGCAGAGGCGCUGUCCCUGCUGCUCAAGAGACCCUGGGACCCAGCAGUGGGUGUCCUGUCCCAUAAUAAACCAAGCAAAUUGCCCGGUUCCCCCCUGAUCCUCAUAGCUUCCUCCGGCCCCGCCAACUCCAUGUUCCCCACGUCCCGACGGCACCGCUUCUGGCAGUCCCAGCUCUCCUGCCUGGGAAAGGUCAUUCCCAUCGCCACGUCCCUGCUGAACAACGGCAGCGGGGUGGGCGUGCUGCAGUGCCUGGAGCACAUGAUCGGCGCCGUCAGGGGCAAGGUGGCCGAGAUCCACAACCACUUCUCUCACAAGCAGAUCAUCCUGAUCGGGUGGAACACGGGUGCCCUGGUGGCCUGUCACGUUUCAGUGAUGGAGUAUGUCACUGCUGUCGUGUGCCUCGGCUUCCCGCUGCUCACCGUGGACGGCCCCAGAGGGGAUGUGGAUGACCCCCUCCUGGAGAUGAAGACCCCGGUGCUCUUCGUGAUCGGGCAGAACUCCCUGCAGUGCAACAUCGAAGCCAUGGAGGAUUUCCGGGAGAAGAUCCGAGCGGAUAACAGCAUGGUGGUGGUGGGAGGAGCAGAUGACAACCUCAGGAUAAGCAAAGCCAAAAAGAAGUCAGAAGGGCUGACCCAGAGCAUGGUGGACAGGUGCAUCCAGGAUGAGAUCGCCGACUUCCUGACGGGAGUGCUGACCCGAGCCGAGAGCCACUCGGGCUCCGAGCCCCGCGACCUGGACGCUGAGAAGAAGAAGAAGCCCCGAGAUUCCAGCAGGAGGGAUCUGUCCUUUGAGCUGCCCGAGAGGAGCAGCAGACCCGCCUCCCCUGCAGCCAAAGUGCCAGCCUCGCCCUCGGGCUCCGAGGACCUGUCCAGCGUGUCCAGCAGCCCCACAUCCAGCCCCAAGACCAAGGUGGCCGCCCUGUCCCUGCCCAAGCCCAGCCAGGUGGGCCCCACGCAGCUGCUGAAGAGGCAGGUGCCGAGGCCAGACACGGUCCUGACCCACAAGCAGGCACAAGCUCAGUUCGCUGCUUUUCUGAAACAAAACAUGCUGGUGAGGAAAGCUCUUCCUCCUGGCACCUCUUCAUGUCUCUUUGUUCCAGUGUCCUCAGAGCACUCGGACGGGGCUGACAGAGAGGAUGUGCGUGUGCAGCUGAAGAGGCACCAGACCCCCAGCCCGACCCAGUGCGCCAAAGCCUCCAAACGAGCCAAAAUCAAGGUGACCAUUGUCUCCCACGGAGAUGCUGCGGCCGUGGGCACCGGAGCAGCCCUCAGCACCCAGGCAGAAAUUGUCUCCGGGAAGCCGCUGCCCGUCGGCCAGUCCGUGUCCAGCGCCAAGGAGCUCUCGGGGCUGCUCUCCUCCCCCAAGCUGAGCUCAGCAGCAGCAGAGGCCUCGCUGAGCCCCGCUCCGGCCGGGAUCCCCAGCAGCUCGGCCCCCAGCGCCUUCCACGCCCUGCAGAGCCGGCUGGUGGCCAGCAGCACCCACGGCCUGCAGGCCCAGCCCGCCCCUGCCCUCCCAGGAGCAGCCUCUGCCAGCAGCCUGCUCCAGGGGCUGAGCUUCAGCCUGCAGGACAUCGGCACCAAGUCCUCGAGCCUCCCUGCCAGCGUGGCUGCUGCCGCCUCACCUGUGCAGAGCUCGGCCGUGAAGGCGCCCACGGCCCUGCAGAGCCUGGGUGCCAUCACCACGGACACCGGCGCCAUCGUCCGCACCAUCCCCGUGGCCACCUCCCUGUCCCUGGGGGCCUCGGCCAGCGGCAAGCCCACGGCCAUCCACCAGCUGCUGACCAACGGGGGGCUGGCCAAGCUGGCCAGCAGCCUCCCAGGGCUGGCCCAGAUCUCCAACCAGGCUGCAGGCCUGAAGGCCCCGACGACCAUCACGGUGACGCUGCGGGGCCAGCCCGGCCGCGUGGGCACCCUGAGCCAGGCGGCGCUGGGGACGGCGCAGCCCCAGCCGGAGGAGCAGACACAGGGCCCGCAGGUAAUGGGGACACCUUUGCCAUGGGAAUGUGGCCGUGGCUGCUCGCCUGGGCUGCUCCUGGCCCUCACAGUGACCACCACGAGCCCCAUGGAGAGCCCGUGGCGUGGGAGGCCGGGCUGGCUGCGGGCUGGGUGCGGCUCCCUCAGCCCCCCUCUCCCCUGGAGCCCUCCCUGGGCCAGCCUGGCACACCCCAAGGUGGCUCCUGCCCCGCAAGGCACCUCCAGGACACUCAUCCCGACCCCGGGGAGGGCCCAUGGAGCCCUGGGACACUGUGGGGACACGCUGGGGCUGGCCAGGAGCGGCCACGCUGUCCUGGGGGGCUGUAGGGGCCCCCAGGAACUGUGGGGGGUGGGACAGGAGCAGCCCCGUGGGCUCAGGGGCUGGGAAAGGGGGGGGGGGGGGGGGUGUUUUUCUGGAUUUGUUGUUGUUUAAUAAAAACUUCCUUUUUUUUUUUUUUUUAAUUUUGUUGUGCUUUUGGACCGAGUUUGUGGCCGUGGCCACUCCAAAGGCAGUGCCGGGGGUGGCUUUUGCUGAGGGUGGAUUUUGUGAGCUGUGAAGGGGAUGGAAGGGAGAGAGCAGGGAAGGAUCCAGGGAAGGAUCCAGGGCAGCUCCCUGAAAGAACCAGAGAAUCCUGGAAUCUCCUGAGUGGGAAGGGACCCACAGGCAUCAUCCAGUCUGAAAUCCAAACGCUCCUGGAGC